AUGUCAGCGGCCGAUGAAUUGAAGUUUGAGAAGGAAGUUGAUCAAAUCGAAGCCGAGCUCGGCGACGAUUACCUCGUUCGACUGUUACAGUGCUUAACGUCAAGUUCACCGGAAGCAAAUCGAGGAUUACUUGAAUUGCACUCUGAGUGCCAAAAUGUCGUAUCCAAAUAUCCUCCAAUGAGAACUGAUGAUGAAAAACCGAAAAAGAGGACACAAUCGCAAGGAACAAUGAGACUGGAUGGGUGUAAGAACACUACCUACAAACUUGCUGACGAGUUAUUCUUCUUUGUCCCUUUGAUAUACGGUAUUCCAACAAUAUUCUUGCACGUCAACAUUGCUAUGGUUAUCGUUAUUAAAAGACAUGAUGCUGUGCUAAAACUAGCUUUCUUCAAGAUUUGCGCAGUUUAUUCAAUGCUGAUGGUGGUAAUGUGGUGUUUUGAUAUGGUAUCAACUCGUUUCAUUGGAAUCGGCUACUUCUGUGAAGAUCUACUUUAUUUAUGGGGAAAGUUAUCGUAUACGCUUUCUCCUGUACAGUUCAUCAUGACCUACUCAAGACAUGCUCAAUUCUACGAUAUGGGAACGCCAUUGGAUUACAUUUAUGAUGUUGAUGUUUCUGCUACCUCUUCUUACGACAUGGUACUUAAUAUCUACACUAACGAAACUCAUUCCUUAUACUCUGGGAGAGCGAAGAAGUUUGAGAAAGCGUGGGAGGACAAGAGCCCGGUAAGAGCUUAUACUCUGCAUAUGCUGUAUAGCGGAAAGAUGAAGAGUACUGUUAACACUGUUAACGGAGUCGCUGUCGGGAAGUCAACCCCACCCAUCAUGGAUGGAAAAUUUCAACACCUUUCUGAACCGACAAGCGCUUGCUCGAUUUCUUUUACAACAAUGCUUGUCGCAUUUAUUUCUGCUCUUAUCAUUCUAUGUACUACUGUUGUUACCUAUUCUAAAUUAGCUUCGCAUAAGAAUCAUCACGGGAGCAGAAUUGACAAGAAUUUAUUGAUUAUAGGCAUGAUCUCCUCAGUAUCCACAUCUUUGUUGGCGAUUGCUGAGGUACCACUGUAUUUGUCAAUCAAUUACGCUAUACUGUCUCCUAAACAUUUCUUCAUUAGUAUAUGUGUGAAACAAAUCGUCAUUGACAUCAUAUAUUUACAUAUGAAUAUUGUGGUGGUUAUUAUUAUGAAAAGAAAUGAUGCCUCCUUAAAGCCGGCUUUCUUCAAAAUCUACACUGCUUACUCAAUAACGAUGGUGGUGAUGUGGUGCUUUGAUAUGCUUUCCACUCGUUUUAUCGGAACUGGUUAUCUCUGCACAGAGUUGCUGAAUUUGUGGGGAAAACGAUCGUAUGCGCUUUCCGGGGUGCAAUUUGUCAUGACCUUCUCAAGACAUGCUCAGUUCUAUGCGGCUACUGUGCUUUCUAUUAAUAGAAUGACUGCCGUCGUCUAUCCUACAUCCUAUAAACAAUGCUCAAUCACAUUCACAACAAUGGUUGUUAUAUCGAUUUGUGCACUAAUCAUCUUAUUUACUACUAUAUUGACGUACUUCAAAUUUCUUUCCUACACAAGCAGUGUAAGGCGAUGGAGUAAAGUUGAUAAAAAUUUGAUGAUUGUGGGCACAACAUCUUCACUUACUACUUUCUUAUUGGCUAUUGCUGAGAUACCGUUGUACCUAUUGAUUAACUACAGUGUGAUGUCUCGAACCCAUUUUUUCAUUGCCAUCUGCGUAAAACAAAUCGUUAUUGACCUAACAUUUCUCUUCUCGGGAUGGUCAAUACUUCUUUUAUCUUCAGCGGUAAGAAGAUCAGUUGUUGGCGUUUAUAUCGGUCUCAAGGACGCUAUGCGAGCGAAGCUGGUGGUAGCUGCCGGUAGUGUGUCAAGCGGUACCAAGAACAACCACAAAUCCCAACGCUAUCUUGGAACUGGUGUUCGCGUCGAGAUGCCCCAACUUCACACACGAUCUCCAGAAAAGAUUCACCCGCCUGAAGAUAAGGCUGGUUGGAAAUAA